AUGUCGGACGACAAGAAGCCCUCCAGGCGUCUGGGCUACGGUCUUGCCAUCCUGCGUCAUCUGCAAUGGUUCUCUGCCCUGCUCGCCUCUUUCGGCCUCGUCAAGCUGCAUGGCGAUGUUGUUCCCGGAACCAAGGGCCGGAAGAUUGAUGUUAUUCCGUACCUGGAUUCCGCGCUCCUCUUCUACUCGCUGUUCCUCCUCGGCUAUGUGCUCUACUGCUCCCUCGCCCGCAGGCUCGGAAAGGCCUGGUUCGCCUGGGGCGUCGUCUCCGUCUCUGGAGACUUUCACAUGAUCGGCCUCCUCCUCGCCAAGAUCAUCAUCAUCGGCUCCUCCAAGCUGCCCGAGAAGUGCCACGAUGUGAUCAGGGAGAAGUACUUCCAGAACGAACUUCGAGACCACCACCCCUUCAGAGAGUUGGCCAAGUCCAUCUUCCGGAUCGGCUCGUUCAUGGGCAGGGACGAAGUCGACCAGCAGUGUUAUACCUCUUUUGUGGUCUUUUGGUUGUCUGCGCUCACCAUGUUCGUAUUAUCGUUGCAAGACCUUAUGAAGCACACCUCCCAAACUAACCCAUCCCUUUUCAGCAUUACCUAUAUUCUAUCGAUCAUCCUGACGAUCGUAAGGCUUCAUAAAUAUCGAAAGGCCCUCAACUCUCCUGUGGAAGCGGACGGGUCUGGCAGAGACACCGAAAUGGCCAUGGAGACGACCUCGGCACCCGGUGUCGGCCGCGUCUCCCGCCACUUGUCGCGGAGCCGCGCAAGCAGCGUAGGGUCGAACGCCAGCAGCACCAAGAAGGACAAGUCGCACCCAAACAACACCCCGCCGCCGUCCUACCGCUCCCGGCUGUCGCAGGAGACGACGUGGUCCUACCACGCCAACCUGGCUACCGUGUCCGACGGCUUCUCAGCCGGCGAGCCACCUUCCGCGCCGCGCGUGUCCAUGGAGACGACCUACUCUGUUGCUGUCAACAGGUGUCUCGUGAGCGAUGGCUUUGGCCAGAGUGAACAACUGCCCGAGUAUUCUAGCAGGCCUGCGAGUCCAGUUCGCUAUCCCGGGACUUGA